AUGUCCUUAGAUGAGCCAGGAUUAAUUAUAGGAAAUGAAAAGGGGAAUAAUAUUCUUAACCCCAUUAUAAAAGAUUUCGAUGAUAAUAAUUUGAGACUACCUAUAUCUUUGAAUCAAGUUGACCCUACAAAAAAUGAUUCCGAAUUAACCUUAUUAGCUGCUACCAAUAUCAGUCCUUCAUCUUCACCGGAACUAAAUAUACCAAAUUCUUGGGCUAAACCAGAAUCAAAAAUCAAAAAAGUAGUUAGAAAUGUAGAUAUUUUAAAAUAUCUAAUUAAUUCUUUAGCAGGUAAAGAUAAAUUUGUCAAGAUAAUUAAAUGUAUUUUGGAUUUACUAAAAUCAUGGAUAUUGACUGAUUUGUCAUCGACCGAAACAAACAUCAAAAUGAAAAAGCUUUUAUUAUCCCUCUCAACUACCAGCUCAGGUACAAGUAUUAUCCCGUUAAAAUCAAUCUUAGUGCAUCCAGUCAAAUUCGUCAGAUUAUUUACUCUUUCAUUCUUACAAAAUUUAAACCAUAAUGUUUCAUUCAUUACAUCACAGUUAAGUAUUUUCAGAUAUAUGAUAAGAUUUGGAUCAUCUCCAUUCAAAUUAUUAACCUUUGUCAAAAAAUUAAGAUCCACAACGAAAGCUACUAAUUUAAAUGAUAUCGAGAAAUUAUGGUUAAAUGAAAAAUCUUUACAAGAUUCCAUCGAUUUAUACUAUACCAUCUUUGACGAAUUAGAUUUACUAUAUAAAUUGAAAAUUUGGAAUCCACAAGAAAGGACCUAUAGUUGGGUUACUAAACAUGAAACUAUCGCCUGGCAAUACGAUAUCUUAUUAUCAUGGAAACAAAAUUGGUUCAAAUUGAAAGAUAUACAAAGAAAAAUCCUUGAAUUGCAAAUUCAAUUGAAAAUUAGAAAUGAUACCAUGCUAGCGUCUAAUUAUUUCAAUAAUAACAACAAUAGCAAUGACAAUACCGACAAUACAUCUCCAUUAAGGAAGCAACUAAUUAGUGAGAUCCAACAAAAUGGUAACAACAACGAUUUAUCAUCAUUAGAAAUUGAAUUAGACAAUCAAUUGGUAAAUCUAAAUCAUGAAAAACGUAUAGUUUAUCUUGAUUUAACAAGAUUAUCCUUUGAUUGUCUGGCAAAUACUACUGAUUUAUUAAAUAUUAAGACUCCAAAGGGUACUUAUGCUGCAUUAUCCCUAUGUUCAGGUAUCACUGGUUUCAUUAAACUCUGGAUUAACACUAAGACAGAUCUUCAAAAUGGCGCACAAUAG